CUCCUCCCUUUUCAAUUUUUAAGAUUUCAGGUUCACCAAGCAGUGCAGGCGCAGUUUGUUAUGGCGGUGGCUUCUUUUCUUCCUUCGAUUUUCUCUCCCUCUACAAACCUCCUCCUCCUAAGAGGGAGUCGUUCCUUUUCUCCUACGUCAAUCGCUCAUUUCCAUUCCAGGAGGAGGAGGAGGAGGCUGUGUAAGGUCCGAGCAACCAUUUUGCGAGAAAAUGAGAAAGUGGCUGUGGAAGAAACAUUUCAACCCAAGACUUCUCCUGAUGAUCAUAAUAACAACAACAACGAGCCGCCGCCCCCAGGCUCUGUCGAGAAAUGGGUCAUAAAGCUUGAACAAUCUAUAAACAUUUUUCUUACGGAUUCAGUAAUCAAAGUCCUUGACACAUUGUACCAUGACAGAGACUAUCCAAGGUUUUUUGUUCUCGAAACAAUAGCAAGAGUCCCUUACUUUGCUUUUAUAUCUGUUCUUCACAUGUACGAGAGUUUUGGUUGGUGGAGAAAAUCAGAGUAUCUGAAAGUCCACUUUGCUGAGAGCUGGAACGAGAUGCAUCAUCUGCUUAUUAUGGAAGAGUUGGGGGGAAAUGCUUGGUGGUUUGACCGGUUCCUUGCUCAACAUAUUGCAAUCUUCUAUUAUUUCAUGACAGUGUUCAUGUAUGCUUUAAGCCCAAGAAUGGCAUAUCAUCUUUCUGAAUGUGUGGAGAGCCAUGCAUUUGAAACCUAUGACAAAUUUAUCAAGGAAAAAGGAGAUGAAUUAAAGAAGCUUGCUCCCUCUAAAGUUGCUGUGAAAUACUACACAGAAGAAGAUUUGUAUUUGUUUGAUGAAUUUCAAACCGCAAGGCUUCCCAAUACUCGAAGGCCAAUAAUACAAAAUAUGUAUGAUGUGUUUAUGAACAUUAGAGACGAUGAAGCAGAACACUGCAAGACAAUGAAAGCAUGUCAGACUCAUGGGAACCUUCGUUCUCCUCAUGCAUCUGAAGAUGAUGAUUUAGGUUGUACACUACCCGAUGCAGGAUGUGAAGGUAUUGUAGAUUGUAUAAAGAAAUCUAUUACAAAUCCACCCAACUAAUGAACACACGUGUAUAUAAUAAUAAAGAUAUAAGAGAAGUAUUCAAUUAACAUAUACAAGUUGUAUGGCUAAACGCAGAAGAAGCCAGUUUGAUCUUGCGGUGAAUUGUUGUAGUAUGUAAAAGGGUGUUUUAUAGAUUUUAGUUUCGGACUGAUGUUUUUAAGACUUUGCAGAAGUUAGUUGAAAUGGAAAUGUGAGGAAGUAUACAAACAUACGCUUUAUAUA